ACAGUAUUAUUAUCUGCAAAUACACAAUUGCAAUGACUUAAAGGCGUUCGUAAUUUUCAUAUAAAUAUUGCUGUUCUAGUAAAUAUUAGGUACCAAUGGGCCGUCAAAUCCGCACAUUGUAUGGGUAUUUUAUAUCCUUAUAAUUCUGAUAGCAUUCAAUAAUACUGAAUAAUAGUUCAAAUUUGGGUAAUUCCUUCAAAAAUCUGAGGUCCAAGUGACUAAUGAGUCAGUAGAGAUUCGAGUUUGGGGUCGUUAGCAGACGUCAGUGAGCGCGCGGCCCGCCGACCGAACGCACGCGCGAACCAUGCGCAGCGACACCGUCCCGCGAGUGCACUCCACGCUUUACCUCAACAUUGUGAAGUGAUACAAAAUACACAAACGGAUUACGACCCUAUAUUCACCCUAGGAUAAUAAAACAAAGUUAAGAAAAGAUGGCGACGUCGGGAGGGAAGCGUCGCGAGGAGGUGAGCGACAACUCGGACGACGAGCUUACGCCCCUCGCUAACGACAUCUAUGGCGGCAGCCAAAGGACAGUACAAGAAACGAAAGGAUGGGAUGUCUUCAGAGAAUUCCCACCGAAGCAGGACAGUGGGUCUAUGGAAACCCAGAAAUGUUUGGAUUUCACCGUGCGGUUACUGAAAGUGACGGCAUAUCUAGUCGUCUUCAUCGUGGUCCUAGGGUCCGGGGUCGUCGCAAAGGGCACGACGCUCUUCAUGACUUCACAGCUCAAGAAGGACAGGCGGAUUGCGUAUUGUAAUAGGAAUUUAGGUAGGGAUAAACAAUUUGUAGUAAGUCUGCCGGAUGAAGAACGAGUAGCGUGGAUGUGGGCCAUUCUAGCAGCGUUUGCCAUCCCAGAGAUAGGAACACUUAUACGAUCAGUCAGGAUAUGUUUCUUCAAAUCCUCGAAGAGACCGUCUAGCACGCAGUUCAUGGUGAUAUUUAUUGCGGAGUCACUGCAUACAAUAGGAAUGGGACUACUUUUCUUCCUAAUCCUGCCAGAGCUGGACGUGGUUAAAGGAGCCAUGAUCACGAAUUGUCUAUGCAUUAUUCCUGCGAUACUGGGUUUGUUGUCACGUAACUCACGCGACUCGAAACGGUUCGUGAAAGUGAUCGUUGAUAUGGCGGCGAUAGUUGCGCAAGUCACUGGCUUCAUAGUGUGGCCACUGUUGGAGAACAAGCCAGUACUGUGGCUAAUACCAGUUUCAGCGUUAUGUAUAUCCCUGGGCUGGUGGGAGAACUACGUAACACGACAAAGCCCCAUAGGUAUCGUCAAAAGUUUGGCCAGAUUAAAGGAUGAAUUGAUUUUCACUCGCUACUACACAUACCGUUUUAUAUCGUUAUGGAAAAUCCUGUUAUUCCUUAUGUGUAUUCUCCUGAGCCUUUGGAUCGAAGGUGACGAGCCAGCUAUGUUCUUCCAACUGUUUAAUUCUGGUUUCGGACCCCACAGUAUCGUGGUUGAAGAGGUACAAGUCCAAUUGGGAGGAACAGUAAUUCCUGAUUUAGCGAAUGUGACAUUGACUGGAGACUCGGUAGAAGUUGCAGCAGCCUACAAAUCAGCAUUUUACGUAAUGCUUAUCCAAAUAUUUGCGGCGUACAUCUGCUACAUUUUUGGAAAGUUUGCGUGCAAGAUUUUGAUCCAAGGCUUCAGUUAUGCGUUCCCCAUCAAUCUCGUUAUACCUCUGGUCGUUAAUUUAUUGAUUGCUGCUUGCGGUAUUAGAAAUGGCGACAACUGUUUCUUCCAUGGCACUGUCCCUGAUUACCUUUACUUUGAGAGCCCACCAGUGUUCACUCUGAGCGAUUUUAUAUCACGUCAAAUGGCAUGGGUUUGGUUAUUGUGGCUGCUAUCACAAACGUGGAUUACUAUCCAUAUCUGGACUCCUAAAGCAGAACGUUUGGCUUCAACCGAGAAGUUGUUUGUUGUGCCCAUGUACAAUGGAUUACUGAUAGAUCAAAGUAUGGCUCUUAAUAGAAAGAGGAAUGACCAGAGAGAUGUAAAGACUGAAGACCUUGCAGAAAUAGAAAAAGAAAAGGGCGAUGAAUACUAUGAGACAAUUUCAGUUCACACAGACAAUACUGGCUCUUCUCCUAAAGCGAUUAAAUCAUCAGAUCAGAUAACCAGGAUAUACGCAUGCGCUACUAUGUGGCACGAAACUAAAGACGAGAUGAUGGAGUUCUUGAAGUCUAUCCUGAGGUUGGACGAGGAUCAGUGCGCUCGACGUGUUGCUCAAAAGUAUUUGAGAGUGGUUGACCCUGACUACUAUGAAUUCGAAACACACAUUUUCUUGGACGAUGCCUUUGAAAUAUCGGACCACAGUGACGAUGAUUCUCAAGUGAAUCGAUUCGUAAAACUUCUCGUGGAUACUAUCGAUGAGGCUGCUUCGGAAGUACAUCAGACGAACAUUCGAAUUCGACCACCGAAGAGAUAUCCAGCGCCGUACGGAGGACGUUUGACAUGGGUUCUUCCAGGAAAAACGAAAAUGAUAUGCCAUCUGAAAGAUAAAGCAAAGAUUCGUCACAGGAAACGUUGGUCUCAGGUAAUGUACAUGUACUAUCUUCUCGGACAUCGUCUUAUUGAGCUGCCUAUAUCUGUAGACCGUAAGGAAGUUAUGGCUGAGAACACAUAUCUGCUUACUUUGGACGGAGACAUCGAUUUCCAACCUCAUGCUGUGCGUUUGCUCAUUGACUUGAUGAAAAAGAAUAAAAAUCUGGGAGCUGCUUGUGGCCGUAUUCAUCCUGUAGGCUCUGGACCCAUGGUGUGGUAUCAACUUUUCGAGUACGCUAUUGGUCAUUGGCUGCAAAAGGCGACUGAACACAUGAUUGGAUGCGUACUCUGUAGCCCUGGAUGCUUCUCUCUGUUCAGAGGAAAAGCUUUGAUGGACGAUAACGUUAUGAAGAAAUACACAUUGCGGUCUGAUGAAGCUCGGCAUUACGUGCAAUACGAUCAAGGGGAAGAUCGUUGGUUGUGUACGCUGUUACUUCAACGUGGCUAUCGUGUAGAAUAUUCAGCUGCCUCCGAUGCCUAUACCCACUGUCCCGAAGGUUUCAAUGAGUUCUACAAUCAGCGUCGUCGAUGGGUGCCCUCUACUAUAGCCAACAUUAUGGACUUGCUAGCCGAUUGCAAACAUACGAUCAAGAUCAACGAUAAUAUUUCCAGUCCCUAUAUUGCAUACCAGAUGAUGUUGAUGGGUGGUACUAUCUUGGGCCCCGGCACUAUAUUCCUUAUGUUGGUGGGUGCCUUCGUGGCUGCUUUCCGAAUCGACAACUGGACAUCUUUCGAAUACAAUCUGUACCCUAUCUUGUUAUUCAUGUUUGUUUGUUUCACGAUGAAAUCAGAAAUUCAAUUACUGGUGGCUCAAAUAUUGUCGACGGCAUAUGCUAUGAUAAUGAUGGCUGUGAUUGUCGGUACUGCUCUCCAAUUAGGCGAGGACGGAAUCGGAUCUCCUUCGGCUAUAUUCUUGAUGUCACUUUCCAGUUCAUUCUUUAUAGCCGCUUGUUUACAUCCACAGGAGUUCUGGUGUAUCGUACCUGGCAUAAUUUAUCUUUUGUCUAUACCCUCUAUGUACUUGCUUUUGAUUUUGUAUUCUAUUAUAAAUCUAAACGUAGUCACUUGGGGUACUCGAGAAGUUCAAGUAAAAAAAACAAAGAAGGAAAUUGAAGCAGAGAAGAAAGAAGCUCAAGAGGUAAAGAAAAAAGCCAAACAGAAUUCUUUGCUCGGCUUCCUCCAAGGAGUGAACAGCAAUGAGGAGGAAGGCUCUAUUGAAUUCUCAUUCGCUGGUUUAUUCAAAUGUUUGCUGUGCACGCAUCCAAAAGGAAAUGAAGAAAAAGUGCAGCUAAUGCACAUCGCAUCCACGCUUGAGAAAUUGGAAAAGAAGUUAGAAACAGUGGAGAGAGCUGUCGAUCCCCAUGGUAUAAGUAGAGGACGGAAAUUAUCUAUUGGACCAAGAGGCAGUACCAGUGGCGACCAUCAAUUAGAUGCUCUUGCCGAAGGCCCCGAAGAAGAUAAUGACUUGGAUUCUGAAACCGACACUCUUUCUACUGCACCUAGAGAGAAACGGGAUGACCUCAUCAACCCGUAUUGGAUCGAAGACCCCGAAUUAAAGAAGGGAGAAGUUGACUUUUUGAACCCCGCCGAGUUACAGUUCUGGAAAGAUCUCAUUGAUAAAUAUUUAUAUCCCAUUGAUGCAAAUAAAGAAGAACAGGCUCGUAUAUCCAAGGAUCUGAAAGAAUUGCGAGAUUCAUCUGUCUUUUCCUUCUUUAUGGUCAAUGCCCUCUUUGUAUUGAUUGUAUUCUUGCUACAACUGAACAAGGACAACCUUCACUUUAAAUGGCCCUUCGGAGUUAAAACUAACAUAACGUACGAUGAGGUUACUCAAGAGGUAUUAAUUUCCAAGGAAUAUUUACAAUUGGAGCCUAUUGGUUUAGUGUUCGUGUUCUUCUUCGCCUUGAUCCUGGUGAUACAGUUCUCCGCUAUGUUGUUCCAUAGAUUUGGAACCAUUUCGCACAUAUUGUCGUCCACAGAACUGAACUGGUUCUGUUCUAAGAAGUCGGACGACCUUUCUCAAGAUGCACUGCUGGAUAAGAAUGCAAUAGCAAUAGUAAAAGAUUUGCAAAAGUUGAAUGGUUUGGACGACGAAUAUGAUAAUGAUUCGGGCUCAGGUCCGCAUAACGUUGGCAAAAGAAAGACCAUUCACAAUUUGGAGAGGGCGAGACAAAAGAAGAGGAACAUUGGCACGCUGGACGUUGCCUUCAAGAAACGGUUCUUCAAUAUGAAUGCUAAUGAUGGCCCAGGUACCCCAGUACUAAACCGUAAGAUGACUUUACGAAGAGAAACGUUGAAGGCCUUGGAGACAAGAAGGAACUCCGUUAUGGCGGAAAGACGAAAAUCGCAGAUGCAGACACUCGGUGCCAAUAACGAAUAUGGAGUUACUGGAAUGCUUAAUAAUAAUCUAGGUGUUGGUCCGCGCCACCGAACAUCAACGGCUAACAUUUCUGUGAAGGACGUCUUCGGUGAGCCAAACGGGGGUCAAGUCAACCGAGGAUACGAGACUACCCUAGGCGACGAAGAGGACACCAACUCAAUGAGAUUACAACCCAGACAGAACCAAGUUUCCUUUCAGAAUAGAUAUUAAACGAGAGUUGCCAAACUAUUGAAAAGUGCUUAGUUUUAAACAAAUGUAGAUAGUAGUAAUAUAGACUGUAGUAUUUUUACACAAAUGAAACUCAGCAUAUGUUUGU